GGAUUUCCAAUCCUAGGACUACCGUUCCUGUCACACCUGUCUGAGUACGAUGACCGUCUGGGACCGUCACACUGACCGUGGCCGUACAAUAUGUGGUUUCCAAAUACAAAAGAGCCUUUGAGACUAUAAUCAGGUUGGGAUUGAGCGGCGAACACUAUGCUGCAUAUCGUGCAAACUGUUGAAAGAGUUCAACUGAAAGUUACAUCCUCCAAUCCUGAGUGCAAUGAUCCAGAAAAUCAUCAGUGUGUUCGGAAAACAACAUAUUCAACUAUACAGUUUUUGCACAAAUGCAACUCCCAAAGCUUUUGUAUCAUCAUGCAAGCACACAACGAAUGUGCCAAAGAUUCAUGUGGUGCCUGGCAGGGUAAUGAUGGAUAAGAAGGUUGAACUUCAAAUCAAAGGUCUGAAAUCUGGAGCUGCUGUUACAGUGAAGUCAUUCUUGGAGGAGAAGGGGAUGAAGUUUGGAGCUUAUGCACAUUUUAUUGCCAACAGUAAAGGAGAAGUGAACACUGCCACAUUGCCAUCUCUUGGUGGAUCAUAUAAAGGGACAAAUGCAAUGGGAUUAUAUUGGAGUAUGAUACCAGAGCCUGGUCAGCGAGAUGGACUGAGAUUGAUGAAGAAGGAUGUUACAACACCCUACAAUGUACAUAUAUCAUUGCUCAGUGGGCACAUUGACCCAUACUCUCCAAACAGCGGUAAAGUUAAGGUCCCAGUAGCUGAGACUAAUAUUGAAAGACUUUAUAUGGCUGAUAAUGUGGAAAGAAUACCAGUUAGAGAAGGAGCUUUACGUGGAGCACUUUUUGUUCCAAAAGACCCAGGGCCUUAUCCAGGUGUGAUUGACCUGUUUGGAACUUCAGGUGGCUUGAUAGAACACAGGGCUGCAUUGCUGGCAUCAAGGGGAUUUGUUGUGUUAGCAUUGGCAUACUUUGCCUAUGAAGACUUACCAGAGACUCUUAUGGAUAUAGACUUGACAUAUUUUGAGGAAGCUGCAGAAUGGCUGAGUCACCAUCCAAGUGUGACUCCAGGUGGUAUUGGAGUGAUUGGAACAUCUAAAGGUGCAGAAAUUGCUCUGCUUAUGGGCAUACAUUUUCCUCAGGUAAAAGCAGUGGUAAAUGUCAGUGGACCAGCAUACCUUACUACUUUUCAUUUGAAGUUUGGGGAUGCAAUCUUACCAGCAGUACACCGAGAUACUUCCAGAAUAAUUAUGAAAGAACAUGGCAUUUCCAUCAAAGAAUGUUAUCAGGAAGGCAUAAAUGAAGAUGUGUUUUUCAAGGUGGAAAAAGUUGAGGCCCCUUUGUUGUUAUUUUUUGGCAAAGAAGAUCCAACAUUCGAUGUUACCCAGAGUGCAAAAAUGAUUUCAGACAGGUUACAGUCUUAUGGACACAAAGACUAUGAGAUCCAUGUAUAUGAUGGGGCAGGACAUCUCAUUGAACCUCCCUAUGCACCUCAUUGUAAAGGAUCUUACCACAAAUUAUUUGGAACUAAUAUGGCAUGGGGAGGAGAUGCUCAGGCACAUAUAAAAGCUGAGGUCCAUCACUGGAAGAGAACAUUGGAAUUCUUCAGGAAACAUUUGUCUGCCCCUUUGCCCUCUAGAUUAUGACACGUAAAUCCCAAUUAAAAAGUUUCAUCAAGAUUUGAUCAGACAUGUCUGAGAAAGUUUCAUAGAAAAUGAUUAGCAGUAUUCAGACAUUAACCCAGCAUUAAACCAGAGAAAUGAAAAAUUGCAGUAAUUGGACACAGAUACUGGGAAUAAAAAUUGCAAAUAAAGUAUUGAUAAGAAAUUGGAUUAUUUAAUUGAGUCCCUGCAUUUUCUAAAAUUAGGUCAGAGAAAUUCACAGCAUUUUCUGUUCAGGUCACUUUUUCAAGUCACAUAUAGUUCAUUUCAAGAGAUAACAAUUCAUUUUGGCGGGAAAAAUGCCAUACAGCAGAUUGUUGGGGGUUAACUACAAUAUUUGCAUACUUACCAAUGGUUAAUGAAUCAGUUCCAACAUUCAAAGGUAGUUAACUGUUUUAUGAUGUAUUUUUGUAAUAAUCUCUUAAGAGAUUAUUAUGGAUGGUAGCCAUUUAUUGGAUCUAUGAGGGUCCAGGUGGUCCAAUGGCAAGCACAAAUGUCACAAUAGCCAAUAACCACUGUUUUGGUGGUAAAAUGGAAUUUAUUAUAUUUCUGUGUGUAGU